AUGCAGGUCAUCCUAGCGCUCAACAUGCUGAGGCAGGAGGACAUUUAUUCCCAUCCCAACGCGGUUACCUGGCCAGGUCUAGGAGGGUCUGUGCAGCACAGUGAGGCCCUGUCUCAACCCCCUAAACUAAACCAAGGAAGCACAGAGGACAAUGGAGAAAAAAGCCAACCUGGGUUUUCAAGCCCAAAUGUCUUCUACCUAACCAUGAAGGGACAGAUUCCAGGAUGCCAUAUGCCGCCCUCUGUGUGCAGUGCUGACUGUGGUCCUGGAUUCAGAAAGUUCAGGCAGGAGGGAAUGGCACCCUGCUGUUUUGACUGCAGUCCCUGCCCAGAAAAUGAAGUUUUUAAUGAGACAAAUGUGGAUUAGUGUGUGACGUGUCCAGAGGUCCAGUAUGCUAAUGCAGAACAGAUCCAGUGCAUUGACAAAACUGUGAGCUCUCUGACCUAUGAAGACCCCUUGGGCAUGGCUUUGACCUUAAUGGCCUUGUGCUUCUCUGCUUUCACAUCUGUGGUCCUUGGGAUCUUCGUAAAGCACCAUGACACUCCACUUGUGAAGGCCAAUAACCGGAAUCUCAGCUACACCUUGCUCGUCUCACUCAUCUUUUGUUUCCUGUGCCCCUUGCUCUUUAUUGGUCAUCCCAAUGCCCCUAAGUGCAUCCUGCAGCAAAUCACAUUUGGAAUGGUAUUCACUGUUGCUGUUUCCACUGUGUUGGCCAAAACAGUGACUGUGCUUCUGGCUUUCAAAGUCACAACCCCUGGAAGAAGGAUGAGGUACUACCUGAUUUCAGGGGCACCCAACUUCAUCAUUGUCAUCUGUACCCUCAUCCAAAUUAUUCUCUGUGCAAUUUGGCUGGGAGUUUCUCCUCCAUCUAUUGACAUUGAUGCCCAGAGUGAGCAUGGCCACAUCAUCAUUGUGUGUAACAAGGGCUCAGUUACUGCAUUCUACAGUGUCUUGGGAUACCAUGGCUCCCUUGCAUUAGGAAGCUUCAUUGUGGCUUUCUUGGCCAGGAAUCUCCCUGACACAUUCAAUGAAGCCAAGUUGUUGACAUUCAGCAUGCUGGUGUUCUGUAGUGUCUGGGUCACCUUUCUUCCUGCAUACCAUAGCACGAAGGGCAAGGUCAUGGUGGCUGUGGAGGUCUUCUCCAUCUUGGCCUCCAGUGCAGGCUUGCUGGGAUGUAUUUUUAUCCCCAAGCGCUACAUACUUUUGUUAAGACCAGAGAGAAAUUCUCUUCAAAAGUUAAAGGAGAAAACAUCUUCCUGA